UCAAAAGCAUUAAAUCCUCUAUCUUCCUUUACAGGCCAUAAUGCAGGGAGAAAAUAAUUUAAAGCCUGUCCUCCAAGUCAUUAACAUCCGUGCCAUCGCCACAGGAAAUGGGCCAUCUCGUUACCGUGUGCUGAUGAGCGAUGGGGUGAACACGCUCUCCUCUUUCAUGUUGGCUACACAGCUGAAUUCUCUAAUUGAAGAGGAGCGCUUGUCUGCCCACUGUAUCUGCCAGGUUAACAGAUACAUUGUUAACAGCCUGAAAGAUGGAAGGAGAGUGAUUAUAUUGAUGGAUUUAGAUGUUCUGAAAACAGCUGAUGUGGUUGGUGCAAAUAUUGGCAAUCCAGUACCAUACAAUGAAGGUAAGGGACUUCCUACAGACAAUAGAAUUGUUUAA